CUAUCGGGUUCCCUGUGUUGAAAAUCAAACAUGGCCGCCUUGUUGUCAUACAACUCCUACUUAUUCUUCAUAAUUUAGAAAUCUCAUUGCAUAAUCUGCCGUGAAUAUGAAUCAGUAUGGUUAAAUAACAUGACUGUUUAGAAAGUUGAUUUCGGAAUUGAGUGUUACGCUCACAUUAGUGAAACCGGGAAAAUGAAGAAGCGGAGACCUUGGCGAAAGGUAUUAUAUGAAGACCAGGAUUACCCCGACAACCAUGUUGACAAAUCUUUCUUAGAGGAGAUGAAAAAGAACCUUCACACAAGAACGUAUAAGCUGCGUGAUGUCAUUUGGGAGUCAGGAGUUGUCUCACAACAAAUAAGCAGUGUUUGUAUAUUUGCCUCACUAUUUGUCUACAUGGAACAAGAUAAUCUGUCCCCCUCCACCCUCUUGAUGAUAUCAUCAGCUCUAACACUAAGUGGCUACUUGCUAUACGAUCUCAUGGACCAUGGAGAGGCUAGGGAGAAGUCGGGGAGAACUAGGAUGGAUGAUGUAAAGAGCAUGCUCCUUGUUCUUGGAUGUGUACUAUUCUUCUCCCCUGUUCUAAAGAACCUCACAGAUACCAUAAGUACUGACACUAUCUAUGCUAUGACUGCUGUUAUGCUGGGGAUGAAUUUGCUGUUUCAUGAUUACGGUACAAGUGCAGCAAUUGUGUCUAACUCCGCCUCCCUCAACUCUGCCACCUUUGCCUCAGUGUGCCUUGCCUCCAGACUACCGACAGCAUGGCACGCCUUUGUCACAGUCAUUUUCGCUAUGCAGCUCUUUGCUCUUUUGCCAGCUCUUCGUCAGCAAAUCAAGGCUAAGCUGGGCCUCUUGCACGUGCUAUUCACGUGCUGUAUGGUGGGCGUGUCGGCCUUUCUUUUGUACCCCUUGUCACUACUGAUGGCCUCUCUUUUUGUGAUGAUAAUUCUUGAUGUCACACUUUUAUGCCCGUUGUGGCUCGUUAAGCUACAAGACUUGAAGAACAACAUCCACGGUCCCUGGGACGAGGCAGUUAUAACUGAGUAGACACCAUAUCAUCAUACGGCCAUUCCUUAGAAGGGUUUUGUCUUGUACUUUUAAGACUUUCUGUCAGCCCCGUUUUUGUCGUCCUGGCUAUAUACAAAGUGUGACAAAGCAUCUAUUGGUGCAUUCACACCAAAAUCAUGUUUAAUAGUUAAACAAGUUUUUUUCUUGCCUGAUAACUUGCCAAGUUUCUCAUUGUGUUGAAUUCUUACUAGCUAAAUGAUCCAUUUGUAACAUGUGAAGUAGUCUAUUCAGUUUUGUUCUUGGUUCUGUCCACUCUUGGUAGAUUGAGAUUAAAACCAGUUUAAUUAAACUAGAGCUUUAAUUUGGUUUAAGUGAUGGUGUGAGGGGCGGUAUAUGUCUAUUGAGUAACUCGGGGAAAUAACUGUUAAUUUUACAUUGAAAUUUGCAUUGGAUUUUUGCUGAGAGAGGGUAUAAACCAAUGACAAUUAAGUUGCAUUUUGUUUUCUACCUCCCAUAGACUCGAAAUCCAAUACAAUACAAUAACCUUUAUUCAUCAAGCGUUACAUUCUAACCGUGAAAAUUUUCUAACAACGGCCCUCCAAUCCUAUCCAUCAAGGCAGUUUUACCAUAAUAGUAAUGAUUACGCCUUCCUUGGCAACCCAAGAGAAUGGUUGCAUGGGAGGUCUAUGGUGUAGAGUUUCCUCACCAUAAUCAACAGGGUGGUAAAGGGUAUUUUCGUGAAACGAGAUUUGGCCGUUUUUCACCCUACGAGAAACGUGAAAUCGUCCUUUUCGACGUCCGUGAAACGUGAUUUAACGAUUUAAAAGGCCAUUUUUUCGGUCCGUGAAAAAGCCAUUUUACGCGGUCCGUGAAACGUGAUCCAUACCUCCCUUUACCAGCCUGAAUCAACAUAGUCUGAGUAUCAGGCCCUCAGGGGAGGGGGGGGACUGGGGACUCUUCUCCCUCCCCCCCCCCCUAAAAAUGGCUUAUACUUAGGCUAGAAUCAAUACACUCGAACCCUGAUGGCGUACUUUUUAUCAUUUAAUUUAAAAAAAUAUAUUUUACAGAAAGUUUAAAGAAAAAUAUUCUUACUGCAUUUUCAAGGCCAUUGAUAAAUACAUCAUUAAUUUAUUGUGGUAUUGUAGUGGUAUUGUAGUGUAGAUUGGAUAACUCAUUUCAAUCAACAGGAAAUAAUUUCACAUCAUAUGGAAACUAGUCUUACAGAAUCGAACCCUGAUGGCGUACUUUUUAUCAUUUAAUUUAAAAAAAUAUAUUUUACAGAAAGUUUAAAGAAAAAUAUUCUUACUGCAUUUUCAAGGCCAUUGAUAAAUACAUCAUUAAUUUAUUGUGGUAUUGUAGUGGUAUUGUAGUGUAGAUUGGAUAACUCAUUUCAAUCAACAGGAAAUAAUUUCACAUCAUAUGGAAACUAGUCUUACAGAACAAUAUUUUUAAAGCAGCGUUAUUUAUGGAUGAAGUUACAAAUAAUUAUCCAAGAACAUAGCAUUACCGUUGUAGUCCAAUUGUUAUAAAUGUUAAAGGAAUUAAAAAAAGGGGCGAUGCAAAUGGAAAA